AUGCCGCGGUGGCCGUGGGGGUCGAGUGGGGCCAUGGCGCCGCCUGCGUCGCCGACGCUUCGAUCGAGUGACUCGGCACCUGCGUCUCUCGAUACGUCGCACGUAUCUGCGCAUGGGCCGCAGCCGGCAGAGACCAUGCCGCCCUCGCCCAUGGCCGAGUCGCCGCCCGAGGACCACACAGACACGCACGCGUACAUGGUGUUUAGCGUCGCGGGCAAAUUGCUGUAUACAUCGUAUGAUGGGGAAGAGACGUGGGCCUACACGCAGGCGAGUGUCAUGCAUGCGAUGCUGUCCCUCUUUGACGAGCACGAGGCGCUGCAGCGCAUCUCGCUGGCCCACAUGCAUAUUACGUUCCUCCAGCCCAAGCCGCUGUACGUCGCCUGCCUAUCGACCCAAGCCACGCCGGAUGCGAUCGUGCAGGCGCGCCUAGAGCGCUUGUAUGCCGCGAUCCUGAGUCUGAUGAGCCGCGCACGACUCCAGCGCCUGCUGGCGCGUGCGCCGAAUCUCGACUUGCAGGCACUGAUUGGGCCCAUGAAGGCCUAUUUGGACUGUGUCGUGCACGAUAUGCAUGCAUCACCUGCACUCGCCCUCGGCACGGUGCCGGUGCGUGCUUUGGAUGCUUCGCUACGUGAUCAGCUGGCCCAAGCGUGCCUUCAAAUGGAGGCGCGUCCGCCGCAGCCCCUGUAUGUGCUGCUCUACGAUCAGGAGGCGCUCCUCGCUCUCGCGCAUCCCAAGCGGCACGCACCCUAUGCGUCGGACCUUGCGCUCGUGAAUGCCUUGGUGCGUGUGUGCGGCGACCACGAUACGUGGGCCCCGCUGUGCCUGCCUGCGCUCGCGCCAGAUGGCUUCGUAUACGUGUAUGCGAGCAGGGUGGGGCGUGUCCGCGUCGCUCUCGUGUGUGGCGAUCCCGAUGGGUACGUGGCAUGCCGCGCAUGGCGCCAUGCCCUCGCCACGUCGGCGUGCAUGGCGCGCGUCCCAUCCGCUCUAUCGACGCCGACGCUCACCGCCGAGGCCAUGGGCCUUUUCGGCCUACGUGACGUGGUAUUUUCAUCGCGGCGAACGCGCCAAUGCAUCCUGUCCUCCCAUAUACCCGCACGCCGACGUGCUUGGAUGGAGCAUGUGCUUUGUGCGCUGCGCGGCGCGUCGCCACGUCCCGCACCGCCCGCGCUCCAGCGACAGCCGCCGGUCCCCGUCCCGCUCGAGCUCGUGAUCGAGCGCACGGAACACGAGGCCAUGCUGGGCUGGCGCACGCCCGUGUUUGAGCUGUGCAUCAGCACGAGCCCCUUGCUCGCUUCGUCCGCGAUCGGCGAGCUGGCGAACAAGGUCGUGGCGUGGAUUCGACAAAACGACCAACGCCUGUUUGCUACGCCCGCUACCUUCUAA